AUGUCAAGUGAUUUCCAAACAAGUGUUGCAACAUCAGCAGAUAUUAGGACAAAAGUCUUACGAAGCAUCUCUUCUACACUUGAAUCGAUAGGAAAAGACAUAAACAUGUUUCAUUUAAUAGAACAUGAUGUCUCUUUUGAUCAGAACGAAACUGAAGCUAGAGAAAUAAAUGAUGAAUUUGCAGUUUUGAUACCAGAAGAAGAUCUUAUGGCAUCGAUGAGUCUUAAAAUCCUGAACAACAACACGCGGAAAACAUUCUUAUAUAAAGCACUUCUCGCUACAGUAAGAUCAAAAAACUUAAUUGCUCUUGCAACUGCAUCGUCUGGUGUUGCUGCAUCUAUUUUACCUAGGGGUCGAACAGCACAUUCACGCUUCAAAAUUCCAUUAGAUCUUGACAAAAAUAGUACUUGUUGUGUAAGCAAACAAGGUGCUCUUGCCAAAUUGUUACGUCUUGCAAAGUUAAUCAUAUGGGAUGAAGCACCUAUGUCUAGAAAAGAAUGUAUGCAAGCAUUGGAUAAAAUGUUACGAGACAUAACUGAUUCAAGAUUACCAUUUGGUGGAAAAAUUAUCGUAUUCGGUGGAAAUUUUCGUCAAGUCUUACCUGUGAUUCGUAAAGGCACAAAACAAGAAGAAGUUAAUGCCAGUUUAGCAUCGUCAUAUUUGUGGUCUACUUUAACUAAGAUUAGGUUGAGUGAAAAUAUGCGAGCAAGAUUCGAUCCAAAUUUCUCAAAUUAUUUACUUCAGGUCGGAAAUGGAACAACACCAAUCACAAUUGAGAAUAAGAUCAAAAUUCCUAAUGAAAUGCUUAUUCCUUACAAAAAUGAUGUGGAGUCUUUAGAUGAUCUGAUCGAUGCAGUCUUCCAAGAUAUUGGCAGCUAUUCAGAAAAUCUAUCCGAAAUGACAAAUCGAGCUAUCUUGACACCAAAGAACAACUCUGUCGAUGAGAUAAAUACAAUACUUAUUCAAAGAUUUCCUGGUACAGUUACACAAUACUAUAGCUUCGAUGAAACGAUUGAUACAUCAGAACAAGGAAUCAUGGAGGAUUUUUUAAACACAUUGACACCAAAUGGACUUCCACCUCAUGAACUGUUACUAAAAAAAAAUUGUCCUAUCAUGUUACUCAGAAAUGUCAAUCAUUCAGAAGGUUUAUGCAAUGGAACACGUCUUAUUUGUCGCAACUUUGAACGAAAUAUCAUCGAUGCUGAAAUUGCAGUUGGUCACCACACCGGAAAAAGAGGAAACCGACUACAAGCAACAAUUUUUGACAAAGAUAUAGACCUACGUAAUGACAUGUUACAUAUCUUCCGGUCUUACUACAUCAGUAAUGCUUAUGUUAAGCCUUUAGAUCCCAAGCAUAGAAUUGAAGCGCAUGAAUACCAGUGGAUCUUAAAUUCAAGAACAAUCAUCGAAAACAUUCCAGAUGACGAAGUGGAAUUACAACCACCAGAAUAUGAUAUUAUCUCAUUCACCAAUCUGCAUAACUACAAAGACACUGGAACUGAAAUAGGUCUUUCUCUUUCAUCUCAACCAACAAGUGUAUUUACCUUAAAUCCUGUCAUCUCUGCUGCAACUCCAUUGUGUCAAUGCUGUCGAGCUUACAUCGACGUUGACGAUGGUAAUGGACGACUGAGGGCUGUCAUGUUCGGUAAAAUUGCAGAAGAAGCUCUAGGUUGCACAACAAUCGAACUAAUGGAACAUACAGGAGAGAGACCUUAA